AUGAGAGUUAUCAAUAAGUUAGUGUUAGCUAGCGCCACUACUAACGCUUCCACGCUAUAUUUGAGUAACAAGCAAUUUGAAACUGGCAAUAACAUUGUUAGCGCCUAUGGUCUAACAGUAAACAGAGCUGUACUUACUUAUAAUACUUAUAAUAGUACCAAUAUGACAAAGAGGUCGGGUGUGUCUGUCGCUCAGGAAUUUAACCUGGAUCUGGCAUCAUUGGUUGUCACGAGUGCAGCUGGCUUAUGGACGUAUGCGGGAUAUGUCGGCUGUACGGCAUGUAUUGUACCACCGUUUGCAGGUAUACCUGCUUGUGCUAUUUGUGCUGGUGCACUCAUAGGUGCGGCUCUAGUGCUAAUUGCGGAUAAUAACGCAAUUAACAGCCAGGCCACAGGUACGUACAAGGUGAACUUUCAAGCGUCCACAACCUAUCCAGUGAAACGAGAACUAGGCGGUAACAUAUUUAAUGCGGAUCCACUGACGAUUGAAAAGGGGGAUUUGGUAGGUUAUACUUUGACUGUUAAUGGUAAACGUCAUAAUUAUGUGUAUAUUCAGGAUGGUAAUGCACCAAGGACCGCCAAUGAAAUGCAUAGCUUGGCACAGAGCAAGCGGGGUCAGCUGAGCUAUAAACGUGAUGAGUAUGAGAUAUCAUGGAUAUCAUGGUCAUAUGAUAACAAUAAUGAAGAAUUAUCGCGCAACUGGUUCAAUCAGUUAAUGAGUGCAGAUAGUCAGGAUUGGUUCGGUGACCACGUAGCGGCAGUCAUGGCAAUGGGCCCUACAACAAAGUAUUGUAUCAGUGCGGUGUACCCAGGUCAAGGCAAUGCAUUCCACGGUGAGAUAUACACUAACAAUUACGGAGGUAUUGACCUGUUUUGCAAUGCCGAUAGCGACAACUUUGAUUCAGGCGCAACGUGCACUGGGUGGCUAGAUGAAUCAUCAGGGGCACUGUGGGGCUGUGUAGUGUGA